AUGAAGCUCCUGCCCAGCCCGUCUCCAGCCCCUGUUGCAGUUGCCUCCCCAGUGGUGAUAGCGGCUGCCCCUGAGCCCCUGGAAGCUCCGGAGCCUCCUAUGCCCUCCCUCGCCACACCCUACGUAGGCGGCCAGUUCCAUGCUCAGGAUGAGCUGAAGCAGUACUCCUUUUCCCACUGGGGUGGUCCUAACACACGUGUGGAGACCAAGGAUGCCCUGGGCCGCACCCGUGGCAGCUUCGCCUAUGUAGACCCUGUCGGAGAUGUGCAGGUGAGAAAGUACGCCGCCGCUCCCCUCACGGGCUUCAAGGUGGCUGCCUCAGACCUGCCCGUCGACACACCAGAGGUUGCCAUCCUCAAGGCCGCGCACGAAAAGAAUUACCGAGCCAUCAAGGAAGUGAUCCUGGGCACAUCUGCGUAAACAUUACAUCGUCUUUUGGUUAUGCCACAAGGGAACCACGCGUGAGAACAAUAAGUGGGGGUGUUGACACAUGGAUCGCUAAUAUGAAGCAUUUCAACACUGGAUCAAUCAAUGACACAGGCUACAAAAUACCUGUAGCGUACACGAUUUGCACGAGUAACAAAUGUUCACAUCAAUGGCUUAUGAAAGUCAGGUAAAAUGGUGAGCAAAUUUACCAAAUAUUGAAUAAAACCUUUUAUAUA